AUGGCUUACCAUUUCGAUGGGAAGGCCAUCUUUUCUACGUGCAACGGCGAAUAUGCUCGACGCGAAAAGAUCCCUAGCAUGCGAACCAUCCUCAGAUCUAAUCCCAUCGAAGACCAGCAGACUAUGGUAUCAAAGCUUCAGAAAGACUUUCCAGAAGUAUGUAAAGCGAUCACUGCGCCGGUUACGGACACGGACGUGUAUGAAUACUUUGACUACUGCGACGCUGCGGUCCAUGGCUUUGAGUUCCUUCGCGCAGUCCUGGAGUACAUUGCCGGACUCAAUGCAAGCGUCAGCGCCCAAAAGGCAACGAGGGUCCAGGAUUAUGUGGGCCGUUGGAAAAGCGCCAAUAGUGAAGCCUUCACAUACAUACGACCUUACCAUGCUCUCACCGACCUCUUUACCAAGGAGGACAUCGAAGAGCAUGGGAUUGAAUUCCUAACAGAGGCGAUGAUGCAGAUCAGAAAUCUGAAAAAGCAAGAAGACCACGAUGAAGCUCGUCAAAGCGCACUUCGUCUCCAGAUACAACAUGCACAUAUGAUGCACAACCAACGCAGUUUCACACAGUUACAAGCGCCAGCGCGGUCCCCGUUCCCUAUAAAACUCUCCGCUGCGCAGGGCAUGAGAGCAAGCUCCAAUCCAGAGCACGGUCAGCCUCAACAGCAAGGAGGUUUAGUUCGCCACUUGCCUGGGCCUCCAGGCAAAUGCCCAACUUCGCAAGCACGUUUUCCUCUCCCACGUCUCACGCCAUCAACAGAGGUCUUAGAACAUGUCUAUCCCGGAAGCACAAGCCGUGGGGACUUCCAUAGUGAUCCCAUAACUCACUACGCCAUGGAUGCCCACAUUUCCUGGCCUCCGGAUAGUCAUGUCGCCAUACCGUCUCGAGGUCUUCCUGGUCCGUUCAGUUACCACCCACUGGCCCCUCCGACCCAACCUGUUCCGCUCCUUAGCCGUAUAGGAACUUUCGAUGGUAAUCUUCCCAAGGGAAAGAAGAACCCCAAGAAAACUUCCUCAGACGAUGCCCGAAUGGUGUCCAACACGGAAAAUGGCCCACGUCAGGCAUCCAAUGGUGCAAACCCGAAGCGAUCUUUUGCUCUUCAGAACAUACAAUUGCCAUUCUAUCCUCGAUCGCCUGAUGCCAUACCGUUGGGCCAAGAAAUACGCCCUUCUUCAGGAGGUGUGCCAUAUUCUGGUUACUAUCAACAACCCAACUUGCCUCCAGGUCACAACUCAGGCAACGGCCAGGAGACAUUUCAUCACCCGCCUGACUAUGGACAGAUGUCAAUGCAACCUGCAAUGGAGGGUCGUUCACGUGUAGUGUCGAACCCUUACUCGCCAGCUGUGCAUGAACUACAGGGACCAACCCAAGAUCCGCGUCCCACAGUACUAAACCUUCCCAUACCAACUAAUGUGCGGCACCAAGGAGCCAGUGCAAAGGGACAAGCGUUCGAAGAGAACGCCGGCUUUGUUUCGACACAGGUGCGACCACACCACUCCCAGCCGCUAGACCCACACGCCUUUGGACACCAACUUCCAGAUCGUCAAAUGGACGCUCAAGAUCGACAAGACCCGAUCCCAGAGUUCCAGAGACCCGCGCUCGCCCCCAUGCCAAACGCUAGUCAACCCCCAUUUCCGCGAACCCCAGAGCGUUCAAGGGCAAAUGAAAAUCCUAGACGUCCAGUGCAGGAGGGCUGCACGAUCUGGAUCGGUGGACUACCAAAGGACUUCGACAAAGCUGCUGUGAUGCAUCUACUUAGACCGUGUCGAGGGCUCCUUGACGUUAGUGAGCCCAGGGAAUCUUCGCCAGUAAAAUAUCACAUUAAUCGUUCAUUUGCAUUUGCAGAGUAUGUUAUACCCGUCAGCAACAUCGUACGCAGUACUAACGUCAGCAACCACAGCUUCCAGAGCCCUGUUGAUGCUGCCGAAGCACUGGAACGUCUACCUCAAACGCGAUUUGCGAGCUUACCCGAAGGAAGUUUCCUCAGUACAAACUACCCCAGGCCCAAGUUGUACGCGUCACCAGGCCACUAUCAGCAUGGAAGCGACGGAGAAUCGAAGCGGCCAGUAUCCAAUGUCUCGCCAACACAGUCAUGCAAGGGCGAAGACUCCACUCGUGUAGGGAAAUCAAAAAUUGAACAUGGCCGCAAAUCAUCGAAAGGUUCGGCUCGAGGGAAGAAACAGUCUACCAGCAGUUCGGAAGGAAAGACGGGAAUACCUUCUGAGCGUGUCAUUGCAGUGGACGUGGGCCAGAAGGAGUCAGGCCUACAGCCUCAAGAAGCAGUUGCAAUUCCAGAUUCUUAUGGCAAAGCAGGAUCAACGGCCCAUGUGAGUCAGUCUGGUACAGACGGCCAAGUAGAUUCGAGACCAAUGAACCAGGAUCCCGCACUCGUUCAGCCAGGCGCCAGCGUAGAAAUGCAUGCCAAUCAGGCCUUUAAGUCUACCGGUGACGGGGUCGAGGAGAUCGUGUCGGCCCUCACUGCCAAGCCCCAAGUUCAGCAGGGCCACCAAGCUUCCAGCUCGAGGCACGCUGAAGGCCGCGCAAAAGCCCCCAAGAAAAAAUCUCAAGGUUCCAAUAAGUUGCCAGGGCCCGAUAUUAAAGGGUCGGAGCCUCCCUUGGUACAACCUGCCUCUGGGAAUUCGAAGCCAACAGCUCGGGCAAGGCCUUCUGCAAAUGAUGCUGGCAAAUUUCUGAAGAAAUCUGGCCGCUUGGAAGGAAAUAGAAAGCAAGGUGGGUCCGAGAUCGAAGCCAGCAACAUGAUAGCCCCUACAGUCCCUUUGGAAUCCGCUUUUACCUUACCGAAAGAUCUAGAAACCCCGGACCAGUCUUUUUUAGGCCGCAAUCCAACGGAAGAUGAUGGCGAACAGCCGAAGGCUUCCGUUGCUAAUCUCCCUAAACCCAGCAGUGGGGAGAACGAUGAAGCGGAGGUGUCGGAAACCGCACCUGCACCUGGACCAGGGACAUCUGCCGUGUCAGCAGUGCCUCUCGAGCCAAUAUCACAAGCAAUGAGACGAGAUGUCAGCAGUUCAACACAAGGAUCUGCAGACACCGGCCCGUCCAUCCUAAGCUCCACGACGCUGUCGUCUAGUACCCGGACUGAACGCUCGAACAGUAUUACGCAGGAGCCAUUGUCGCCUAUGGAUCAGGCAGCUUGUUCGUCGUCGGAGGCAACACUAUUUCCUGGUUUUCGCGAGGCUGGGCAGACUGCUAGAGAACAAAAAUCAGAACCCCUACCGAGCUUGGCGCCCUCCGAGACAGGGAAGGGCACCAAAGGUGUUCAAGGAGAAUUGCAAAACCCUUCUAACGUCGAAUCCGGAGGGUUCCCGUUAGGGCCGAUCGAAGAGAAUCCCGAGCAAGCUCCAAGCAUGUUGUUAAUGCAGCCUUCACCAUCGCCUUCCGAUCGGGCGAUUCUGAGGAGCCCAGCGCGCAAGCGUGCACCGUCAAUACCACCUCGAUCCAGUUCUCUAGCGGCGCCUUUAACACCGAUCAAGACACACCAGAAGAAGAAGCCUCGAAACUUCACACCUGUGAAGGAAGCACCUAGUGAAGACGAUAUGGGUACUCCCUCCAAGGUCACAGGUCUCGCCGUUGAAGGCACGAAGAUGGGUUCGAGUGUGCAGACAACGGGAAAUACGAAACUAAAUUUUGCUGUCUUGACUGUUGACACUGGGGCGCGCCCCCUGCUGACCGACAAAUCGAAGGACCUUCCCAAACCAGAGACUCCCUUCCUGAUGGACGAUGGAGUGAGAGUGGUCCCGCCAAAGAUCAGUCAUCAGACUGUGAUGGAGGUCUCGAACGCUGACCGGUACUACGCGCAGAAGAACAACUACCAAGUCUUCCAUCUGGUCAACGCGAUGCAUAUCAAUGCCACUUUCAACAGUCUCAACUCUUCCGAUCCGACAUCAACACAUUCUUCCGAAACGAGCACUUCCGAUCACGCCUCGACAAAGAAACAAAACAACGACCUUGAAACCAUUCUGAGGGAGGCUGGUUUUCGAAGCCUCUCUGGCACCAGCCCGUUCACAAUUAAAGACCCCGAACUGAUUUUGCUUGAAACCAUAGACGAGGGAGGGGACGCAUUGGAGAAACACGCCAACAAACAUGGGCCUAUGCUGUCUUGGGUUGACGAGAAAGGCAAAAUAGGACCAGGGAUGAGUUUGGAUGCAUGGACCAAGCAACAUGAAAUGAUCGAAGUUGUCAAGAAGGCAACUGCUGUGAAGCGACUUCUGGCUGGUUCGCCACCUUGGACCAAAAUAGAGUCACUGCGACAGCAACUUUCGCAAUUCGUCCAUCACUCGUUCUCAGACGCACAGGAGCAGCAGACCACAAAGGCGGAAGCUCAGUCAAUCCUGUGGGCCAAAGCGCUGCUGGACACAACUCCACAACGCGAUUCAUCAACCAGUGAGAUGCAAAAGUGGUCAAGAAAUGCCUCUCGUUUUGUGGAAAAGAAUGCUUCCGAGCCAUCGCCUGCUGACGCGGAGUGCCGGAAGGCUACAACCAAUAGCCCUGGCAAGUCGUCCCGAGGCACGCCCUCGCAGAAGCAACAGCAACAGCGUCGGCACCCAUUGCUUAUCAACAAGCCGGAUCCGCAAACCCUGGUCCGCGAGCUCGGGAAAGACAAGGAUGCCUUUCAGACUGCCAAUCCUGAAUCGGACAGUUCUCUCACAAGUGAACAUAGUACGGAAUCUGAACCUUCACCAAGCACCUUCGGCCGUCGAACUCCUUCUGAAGAGCGACUAACGCCAUCAGUAGCCCUCAUACCAUCUGUGGCUCUCAAUCAAGUCAGCAAGCUGAAAGACAUCUUCGCUGAAAUGGGGGAAGAUCGUCGACGUUGGUCUGAUGAUCGUUACCGGGUCAGCACCCCUCAAGAGGAGGACCGCAUGACAACGUCUGAUCCCCAGCUCAGACCCUUGGGUGGAGAGUUCGACGUGCGUAGAGUGACUGAGGUAAAGGAUGAGGAGCCGGAACCAGAGGUCAAGGAGACGGAGGACGAAGUGCAGCAGAAGCCUCAUGAGCAUGGGCAGAGGGAGAGCAAGGGCAAAGAGCUACGCAGUGAAAAUGAGAAGCAAGAUCAGAGCGUAACCGCCACGUCCGAAGAAACCAGGGAUUCUACAGCUGCUGGGUCAAAGGACACAGCUCCUGGAAAUUCAGAAGAUCCAACACAUCAGAAGCAGCUUUCCUGGUCGCUCGGAGUGUCUUUUCCAUCAUUCGACAGCAACUUUACGACCAGCAACGAAGGCAGUUCAGGAGAAGCGCACCACACGCAGCUAAGAGGUGGGCACAGCCCCCUAAAGCGAAGUGGCUACAAUGCUGUAGCUGGCCGGGGUAUCGAUGCAAAGCGAGGUGGAAGGAAGGAAGGAAGCAAGGAUCCUUGGGCGCUACCACAAGGGGAAAAGCCCUGGGGCAGUGGGGGGGAAGAGCGGGGUGAAAAGAAAAAGCGUCAGCGUCAAUAA